ACUUCAUUUCACCCACUGGACAUUCUCUAAAGACCCUUGAUCUGUUAACCAUGAAGAGCAUUGACAGUAAGGUCAACAUUAUACCGUUGAUUGCCAAGGCCGACACAAUUUCUAAAAGUGAUUUGCAGAAGUUUAAGAGUAGGAUAAUGCAUGAAUUGAACAGCAGUGGUGUCCAAUUGUAUCAGUUCCUGGAAGACGAUGACGCAGCCGCUCAAGCAAACACCUCAACAAGCGGCCUGUUGCCUUUUGCUGUGGUGGGCAGCAUGGAGGAGGUGAAAGUCGGGAAGAGGAUGGUCAGAGGUCGCCACUACCCUUGGGGAGUUUUGCAAGUGGAAAAUGAAAAUCACUGCGACUUUGUUAAGCUCCGGGAUGUGCUUCUUUGUACCAACAUGGAAGACUUGAAAGAGAAGACCCAUAGCUAUCACUAUGAAUGUUACAGGUACCGCAAAUUGAAGACAAUGGGCUUCACAGAUGUGGGCCCUGACAACAAGCCAGUUAGUUUUCAAGAGACAUAUGAGUUCAAAAGACAAGAGUUCCAGGAUCAGUGCCAGCGGGAAGAGGAGGAGUUGAAGCAGAGGUUCAUGCAACGCGUGAAGGAGAAGGAGACGGCGUUCAAGGACGCUGAGAGGGAGCUGCAGGACAAGUUUGAGCACCUUAAAAAGGUUCAACAGGAAGAAAUAAUGAAACUCGAAGAAGAGAGAUCGAAAUUGGAGGAAGAAAUAAUAAAUUUUUGUAAAAUGAAAGCUGCUUCUGAAGCGCCAUACUCCCAGGUGACCAAUAUGAGGAAGGACAGAGAUCGUAAGAAAUAGCCAUUUCUUACCAUUAUCUCUGUUGUAGGGUCCACCUGU